AUGAAAGAGCCAGAAAAUUGUAUAAAGGGGGCCACUUCAUCCGUGUCUAUUCUCCAUAAUCACCCUCAUCAUCAACAGCUUUCAAAGCACCAUCUAGCUUGCUCAUCCUUCGAAAACCCUUUAGCAACAGUCCACUACAUUACUCUCAGACUUCCAACCAUCAACAUGAAGUUCCAACUCCUCACCACUGCUGCCGCUUUCUUUGUGGCCACUGUCACCGCCAUUCCCGCCCCCUAUGACAAUCAUGGCCUUCUCCCUGACACCGACGACUUUGAGAACGACGCGGGUGUCCCUGCCGUUCUGGAAGCUCGCGCACAGGCCCCUGCCACCUGGGCAGCCAACUUCAACUUCACUCGCGACUUCGACUUCCCCCUCGACCACCUCUUUGCCGAGAUCGAGCGCAUUCCCGACGACAUCCUCGAGAAGGGAGAUGAAGUGCUCCACCAGUGGCUCGUUGCCAACGGAGACCGUGAGCCCGAAACGGCUCUCAAGCGGGACACCGAUUAUGUUGAUGCCGUUGAGGAGAACUUGAGCCUCUUCGAGAGGGGUGAGCUCGCCGCCAGGGCCUCGCUGUGGAAGAUUGCCAAAUGUGUUGCCGCCAUUGUUCAACUCCUGGCCACCACUGCUGUGCCUGCUGCCAAGCUGCUCAGGAUCAAGAAGUACAUCAAGGCGCUUGGGGGUGCGAAGCAGGCUGUUAAGCUCAUGUUGGGAGCCACCACCAAGGCCGAGAAGUUGAAGGCUGGUGGCGAAAUCUUGGUCAACUUGAGUGCCGAGCUGUUGGGUAUCAGUACUGUCAAGAACAACUGCUUCUGA